GGAACUACAUUACCCAGCGGCCCCCGCGCCCUUCGCAGGAAAGACGUCUGCGCACUAAGAUACUCAGUUCCAAGUUUGGAGCUUUUAGCUGCCAGCUCUGGCCCAUCAUGUAGCUGCAGCACAGCCUUGCCUAACGUUGCAACUGGGGGAAAAAUCACUUUCCAGUCUGUUUUGCAAGGUGUGCAUUUCCAUCUUGGUUCUCUGAAAGUCCAUCUGCUGCAUCGGUCAAGAGAAACUCCACUUGCAUGAAGAUUGCACGCCUGCAGCUUGCAUCUUUGUUGCAAAACUAGCUACAGAAGAGAAGCAAGGCAAAGUCUUUUGUGCUCCCCUCCCCCAUCAAAGGAAAGGGGAAAAUGUCUCAGUCGAAAGGCAAAAAGCGAAACCCUGGCCUUAAGAUCCCGAAAGAAGCAUUUGAACAACCUCAGACCAGUUCCACGCCACCUCGAGAUUUAGACUCCAAGGCUUGCAUUUCUAUUGGAAAUCAGAACUUUGAGGUGAAGGCUGAUGACCUAGAGCCUAUAAUGGAACUGGGGCGAGGGGCGUACGGUGUGGUGGAGAAGAUGCGGCACGUGCCCAGCGGGCAGAUCAUGGCGGUGAAGCGGAUCCGGGCCACAGUAAAUAGCCAAGAGCAGAAAAGGCUACUGAUGGAUUUGGAUAUUUCCAUGAGGACAGUGGACUGCCCUUUUACUGUCACCUUUUAUGGAGCACUCUUCCGGGAGGGCGAUGUGUGGAUCUGCAUGGAGCUCAUGGAUACAUCACUAGAUAAAUUCUACAAGCAAGUUAUUGAUAAAAGCCAAACAAUUCCAGAGGACAUCUUAGGAAAAAUAGCAGUUUCUAUCGUUAAGGCAUUAGAACAUCUACACAGUAAGCUCUCUGUGAUUCAUCGAGAUGUGAAGCCUUCGAACGUGCUGAUCAAUGCUCUGGGCCAAGUGAAGAUGUGUGACUUUGGAAUCAGUGGCUACCUUGUGGACUCUGUUGCUAAAACGAUCGACGCAGGAUGCAAACCCUACAUGGCUCCUGAAAGAAUAAACCCAGAGCUCAACCAGAAGGGAUACAGUGUGAAAUCCGACAUCUGGAGCCUGGGCAUCACAAUGCUUGAAGAAGAAUUCCAAAGAAAGGCCAACGUAUCCAGAGCUUAUGCAACAUCCUUUUUUCACCCUACACGAAUCCAAAGGAACAGACGUGGCAUCUUUUGUAAAACUGAUUCUUGGAGACUAAAAACAGUGGACUCAGUCAAUUGACCCUCCUGUGGAUUGGUGGGUUUACAGGGUGAAGCGAGUUCACAAGAGCGCCAGUGGAAACUCAUUAUUGAGAUAAUUUAACCCGGCCACUCAGAAGGUUUUUUUCCCCAUUUAUCCUCCCCUCCCCCGCAAGAGGGCCUUGGAAUCUAUAGUAUAGAAUGAACUGUCUAGAUGGAUGAAAUAUGAUAAAGGCUUAAGACUUAAAAAAGGUGAUUAAAUAUUUAAUGAUGUGUCAUACGAGUCCUUAAGCUUCUCAGACUUCUCUUGUUCUUUACAAAAUGAAUGCAUCGGCCCUGGUUAAAAGAAAAAAAAAAAAGGUGCUACAGUAGUGAUGAAAUUGUAAGUAGUUUGUAGUUUGUCCCACUUAUUAUUUUAAUAUUUAUGUUUAAGCGCUUGGUUGAAAAGAUUCCAUUUUAUGCAAGCAGGGAGAUACAAAAAGGCAAGGUUGGGUUGGCAAUAUUUAUAGGCCUUUGGAUUUUUAAGUUCAAUUGUGCCUGUGGUCCAGAAGUAAUUAUUUAAUAUGCAUCUUUAAGAGUAUUAUAAAAAAUACCAGUAAGGAGCUCUUUUUGUGAAGUGUAUGGUCCGGCUGUUCUGGUCGCUGCCACGUUCUCAAACUUCCGCUCAGCCAUGGGUCAUCACAUAUUUUAUGGGACGUAGCCAUGUAGCCCGGUCAUGCUCUUUUUCCCACUUUGGAAAACAUGAAAAUCACUUUUAUCACAGCUCAAGGAACCAUACGUUUCAUUCUCUUGCCAUCUGUGGCAUAGUACUUGUGAAUUGUGACUUGUGACGUGAUUUAAUACCUAUCUAUCCAUCCAUCUGUGUGUGUAUGUGUUCGACAAAUCUCAAGUCCUGCUGAGUGGCUUCUGUGAACAUCUAUAUUUAGUAAGGAAGACAUGUGUCAGUGUCUUGAGGGGAAAUAUCACAUCAAACCAUACAAGGAUUUGGUGCCUUUUUCUGCUCUUUCCUCUCCUACAAUGUAUAAGCCCCAAGGAUUGCCUUCGUAGUUAAUGUGCUCUUUUGCUUUCUUUGGUUUUCUUGUUAAAUGAAGGAGCCUUACUAUUAGUGGAAGAAAAGAAAAGGCAGUUAGUAGUUUUUCUUUGACAUAAUGAGAAGACAGUGGUGACAGGGUUGAAUGAAUUCCUAGGCAUAGACUUCCAAAUUUCCACAGGUUGAGUUCAGGGUAUGCAGUAACUAGAUCCAUAUAGGAGACUAGCUCCAUUGCAAAUUCCUAGCAGGUUGAUUUAACAGAAAACUUCGCUCUUGUGGCUAAAUACAUCUACAGCUUCUCUCAUAUGGGGCUAUAGGUCCUCCAGGUUCAAGGAGAAAAGUGGUCAACAGGGAAAAUAUAGAUCUAUAGUCAUAACCAGAAACUAUUGCUUUUGGACAUUGUGUUUGCAAGGCUAUUCCUGGAGUACAAGGACAGAGGAUUUUGGUUUUAAAAAGAAGAAUUAAGAAAAGACAAAACACGCUUUGUUUUUUUCCUUGCCUCAGAUUCAUGAAUAUGGAAAGGAUUGUUCUCUUGAAUUCUGCCUCCUUCCCCUUUUAGAUUUUUGUAGAUUUUUAAGUCAAUCAUAUUUUUAUCCCUG